AUGAUUUAUCGUCCUUAUUUAUCGCAACCUCGAAAACGAAAAGCAAUAUCAGAAGCUGUUCUUAAGAAUAAACGAGAAGAAAGUGCAAUAACACCAAGUACCGUGGAAUUGCAGCCAGAGCUAGUUCCCGAAAAAAAAUUGAAACCAUUAUCUGGAGGCGAAUCACAACCAAUUUCUGAGAAGAAAGAUUUGCAACCGGUUCCUGGUGAAGAACCACAACAACCAUUUCCUGCGAAAGAUCAACAACCGGUUUUAUCGCCAUUUGCAAAGAAUGAACCUAAAGACCAAGCGAAACAAUAG